ACAAAUCUGACACUGAAACAUGGCCAAAAGCGUUGCCAUGUCUUACCGUUGCAAUGUCUUCCUCAGUGUCAGUAUGAUGUCUAUUGCAUCUAGCUUCUGCUUCAAGAAACAGUAAAUCACCCAGUACAAGCAAACUUAGGUUCCAACCACAUAUAGAAUCCAAAGGUAGUAAGUGUUUUUAUGUUGUGGAAUUCUGGUUCCUUCUGGUAUAACUCAGCUGCAAAAAAAAAAUGGUGUUGCCUAAACUCUCUCUGCUCUUCUGGAUUCUCCUUUCUUCAUAUGCUAUUCUCUUGAUAAAUUCUCCAGUUAAAUGUGAUGAUGAUGAGAAAGAUAAUCUUUAUCAAGGUAUCAACAAGUAUCGAUCAUCGUUAAACUUGAAAGCUCUUACAAAAAAUAAAAAUGCAGAUUGUCUUGCUGAUAAAAUAGCUGACCAAUUCAAGAAUCAACUAUGUACAAAUACCACAGGUGCUAAUACAGUACCAGGUACAGAACCUCAAUUCUCAAACUACCCAAACCUGUUAGCUAAAUGCCAAUUAGCUAUUUCUGACACAAGAGAUGGAACUGUAAUGCCUGCUUGUGUUCCCGGACUAGCUUCAAGCCUUGUCCUCGCUAAUUUCACCAAAUCUCUCUACUCAGAGAAUCUCAAUGACACGAAAUAUACAGGUAUCGGUAUCGGUUCAGAAGAUAACUGGAUUGUUGUUGUCUUGACCACUGACACUCCUACAGGAAACUUUGCUCCAUAUAGUUCUAAUGCUGCUAAUUUGAUUUCCAAAGUUGGAAUGAUUUACUGCUCAAUACUCUUGUUAGCUGGCAAAAGUUUCCUGUCAUGAAAACUAGAGGAUGGCUAUUGGCAAUGCUUCAUUGUUACAAUUUUGUUAUCAAUCAGAAACGCAUGCUACCGCUACUAAGGUUUUACUGAAUAAGGUUAAAAUGGAAACAAUGAAGAUAACUUCUUUCAUUAUUUCUGUCAGAAAAAACUUGUGUCGCUAUUGUUUAAUAGCAUAAUUGUCUAUUGAAUGCUAGAGUAAGAAAAGUAGGAGUGUUGUUCCCAAACGGUUGUUAUUGUUGUCAUUGUUAUCAAUAAUAUCAUUUUUGAGCUUGGAAGUUCAGACUUUGCAAAA